UGGAAUCGUUUUUUUGGCAUGUGCAACAUGGGGUUUGCUUGGCUUCAAUACCGUCUAUAUAUAUAUAUUAGAAACUGACCAAACAGCUGCUCUUAUGUGUUUCCACUGUGGCUCCUCCAUGUCUCUUUAGAAUCAAUAUAACCUUAAAGACUGACAAAUGGGCCGUGUUUCCGGGCCAAAUUUGGACUUCCAUUUGUUUUGAGUUGGGUUCGUCUAGGGAUUCAGAUCCAAACACGAACAUCAUCGUCAAUUCGUUCUGUGUUUAGCCAUUAAAACUUUUUGCUUAAACCCUAGACGUUAAGGACUUGUGUAGUUUUAGGGAAAAUUGGAAUGCCAACUACUUAGAUUAUGUUCUACAAAACCUAAAUCCUAAGUAACUGAAGUUUUCCUUUUCAUUUUCUGUUUUGUAAAUUUAAUUAUUUAUCCUAUUCUUUUCAACACCAGCAAAAUAAAGGAUCCGACAUGUCCGAAAAUAAACCUCAAUCGGACACGAUUCAAAAUCGUAGUGUAACCUGGGAAGGUUGCAACGUAUUGCUCGACAUCAACGAUGGCGAUCGCCUUGUUUUCGCUCGUCUCUCUGCCGGCUCAACCUUGAAAAUUGGGAACAAGACAUGCUCUUUGCAACCUUUGAUUGGAUGUCCCUUUGGGUCUCGGUUUCAACUUGAAAGCGGAAAGGAAAGGCCUUAUCUUUCCCGCUUUAUUCCCCCCACUGAAGAGAAUAAUGUUGAAGAUGAAGGAGGUUGUCGAUUACAAGAAGAAUCCCGAGACAACCGAGCAAUAAUUGAUAACAAUCAAGCCCAAAGCCUCACCGGUGAAGAUAUAGACGCAAUGCGGAGACAGGGGACAACUGGGAAUGAAAUUGUUGAGGCUCUCAUUGCUAACAGUUCUACUUUUGAAAAGAAAACACAGUUCUCGCAGGAAAAGUAUAGGCUUAAGAAGCAAAAGAAAUAUGCACCCAGAGUUCUUCUCAGACGACCUUCUGCUCGAAGUAUAUGUGAGGCAUACUUCAAGAAAUAUCCAGCUCGAAUUGGAUUUUUGCGAUUGGAUGCGUUUUCCCUGUUGCUUUCAAUGGCUAACAUUACUGCAAACUCAGAUGUCCUUGUAGUAGAUAUGGUAGGUGGACUUCUUACUGGUGCUGUGGCAGAGCGUUUAGGAGCAGGUACAGGUAGCGUGUGCAAUACUUAUAUUGGAGGGACACCCUAUCCUAUGGAGAUAAUAAGGAUGUUCAACUUCAGUAAUGAAAUUUGCAAGAGAACUUUGCUGUGUUCACUCAACGACCUUUGUUUAGCCCAAAAUGGAAGUGGUCAGCAAGUCAACCAGCAUGAAGAUGUCUGUACUGUGGAGAGUCAAUCUAAUGAGGAAACAUCCUUAUCAGUUAGCACGGAAGAGGUUCAUCUUUCAUCCGAAAAUGGUGUUGCGGAUCUUGUUCCUGAGAAUAAACUUUCUAGAGCAAGCAAAACUUGCAAAGCCCCAAAAGCUGGAGACAAGGCUCCAAAAGAAGCCAUUCAGUUAUGGAAAGAAAAUGGUUUCUCUAGCCUAAUCAUUGCUGCACCAGAGAAGGAUGCUUGGAGCUUAGUUAAGGAACUGCUGCCCCUUCUAUCAUACUCAGCUCCUUUUGCAAUCUAUCACCAGUAUCUGCAGCCUCUUGCAACAUGCAUGCACAAUCUGCAACUUGAGAAAAUGGCAAUCGGGUUACAAAUUUCGGAACCUUGGUUGCGCGAAUAUCAGGUUCUUCCAUCAAGAACCCAUCCCUGCAUGCAGAUGAGUGGAUCUGGCGGUUACAUACUAAGCGGGACUCGGACCUGUACAAGUCAAUCGUAGUUCCUGAAAACUCAAAGGAAAAUUUCAUGUGUAUUAGUGACUCAGCAAUGGUUUUGCUUAUUUUCAAGCCAAAAACCAGUUUCAUCAAAUGUAUUAUCAUAGGCAUUUUUAUCUUCUAUUGUUCAAGAAGUCGAAAUCUGUAAAAAUGCAGUGGUGUUCGUUCUUUAUCACUUUUUUCCCUGUCUUCUUUGUUGUAGUGAAACUUGAUAAUUUAAAACACGAAAC